CAACCGGGAGAGGCUCUCCACGGCGAUCAGAGCAGCCCUGUGCACGCUGGCAGUUCCGCUCUGCUGUGGGGAGACAGUAGAGUGCCAACAAAACCCAACCGGGACAAAGACACGGAAUAACAUGGCUGCCAUGACCAUAGACCCUUUGGAGCAGCCUCGGAUGUACCAACAGAGUCUGCUUCAGGACGGACUGUGUGACCUCUUGGAGAACGACAAGUUUGUGGACUGUGUCCUCAAAAUUCAGGACCAGAAGUUCCCCUGCCACCGCUUGGUUUUGGCUGCUAGCAGCCCCUUCUUCAAGGCCAUGUUCUUGUCCGACCUGGAGGAGAGCAAGAAGCGCGAGAUUGUCCUCAAAGACGUGGAGCCGGGUAUUAUGGGGAUGAUUCUGAGAUACGAGUAUACGUGUGACUUUAAUCUGACGGAACAGAACGUCCAGGAUAUCAUCAUGGUUGCCAACAUGUACCAGAUCCCCUCCAUCUUUUCAGUAUGUGUGUCCUUCCUCCAAGAGAAGCGGGUGUUUGGAAUCUCCUAGGCUAUCUUCAGGCUAGGUCUGCUGCAACAAAUAAAAAGGCUCGCUCUGACCGCUAGAGAGUUCAUCUGCGAGCGCUACCAGGUUAUUGUCAGGCACCAGGACUUCCUGCAGCUGGGCCCGAGCGAGUUGGCCAUCAUCAUCACCUCAGACGCCCUCAACAUUGAUCGGGAAGAGCAGGUGUUUGAGUCCCUGAUGGACUGGGUCAGACAUGACGAGACCAACCGGGUCAAGGACCUGCCGGAGCUGCUGCACUGUGUCCGUUUCCGGCUCAUACCUUUGGAUUACUUCAAAGAAAAAGUGGAGAGCCACCAGUACCUGCGGUUCAGCCAGGACAUCAAGAAGGAGUUGGAUCUCGUCAACGAUGCUUACAGGGGGCGUCUCCCAAAGCCCAGUAAGCCCAGCGACGAUGGGGCAGAGGGAGGAGAAGGAAGGGAGGAGGAGGACGAUGAGGAGGAGGAAGGAUACCUGCCGGGUAUACUCAACAACAACCCUCGCUUUGGGAUGUUUGAGCUGGAGCUGAUACUUAUGAUCAGCGACACUGGGACUGUGGCGUAUGACCCGGUUGGAAAUGAGUGCUUUGUGGCCUCUGAGUCCACAGAAAUUCCCAAAAACCACUGUAGCCUUGUUACCAAGGAGAACCAGGUGUUUGUUGUCGGAGGACUUCUCUACAACGAAGAAAACAAAGACGAACCAUACAGCUCCUACUUCCUGCAGUUUGACCCAGUGAGUUCAGAGUGGUUAGGGAUGCCCUCGCAACCCAGCCCCCGCUGUCUGUUCGGCCUGACCGAAGCGGAAAACUCCAUCUUUGUCGUCGGAGGAAAGGAACUGAAGGAGGGCGAGCACGCCCUGGACUCAGUCAUCAUCUAUGACAGACAGUCAUUCAAAUGGGGAGAAUCAGACCCGCUGCCUUAUGAAGUGUACGGCCAUGGAACCGUAUCACACAAAGGUCUAGUCUACGUGGUUGGAGGAAAAUCUGAAAGCAAGAAAUGCAUGCGAAGAGUCUGUGUCUACAACCCCACGAAGUUUGAGUGGAAGGACCUGGCUCCCCUGAAGACGGCCCGCUCCCUGUUUGGUAUCACCGUGCACCGAGACCAGAUCUACGUGGUGACCGGCGUCACCGACUCAGGCCUCACCAGCACCGUGGAAGUCUACGACAUCGCCACCAACAGGUGGUCUGAGUUCACAGAGUUCCCUCAGGAGCGCAGCUCCCUCAAUCUGAUCUCGAUGGGAGGCUUCCUGUACGCUGUGGGGGGCUUUGCUAUGAUGCCCAGUGAAACCAGUGAGGAGCCCGUCCCAACAGAGAUGACGGACAUCUGGAGGUACGAUGAGCCAGACCAGUGCUGGAAUGGGAUUUUGCGAGAGAUUAGCUAUGCAGAGGGAUGCACUAUUCUUCCAGUGCGCCUCAACACUCUGCGCCUCACCAAGUUAUAACCCAUCCGACCUGUUGGCGGCGCCAGCAGGUUAACGCAGUGGCAUCGCAGUGCACUCGUUGUGGAGAGUGGUCCCACAUUGGCUUAAGGUACAAGCCAAGGUUUCAAGGCAACGAUUGAACGUGGUCACUGAAGAUGAAAAGUAUUAUGUUUAGCAGCAGGGGGAGACGUGUUCAGUCCAAGUGAGGCUUUAACAACAUUCAUUAUAAUAUCACACCAAAGAGUUUAAAAACAGUCCAAAUGUUGAUUUACAUUGUUUGUACAGUGUACAUCUGUUUUGUUUGUCAUUAUUUCAUAAAAUUCUUUUCAUAACA